AUGCCGGAUAAAACAUUACCUCAAAUUUUUAAAUUUGUGGAUCAAAAUGUUGAUUCCUAUAAGCAGCUUCUUAAAGAAGCAGUGGCUAUCCCUUCGGUGUCUUCUGAUAUUAAAUACAGGGAAGACUGUGUCCGUAUGGUGAAUUGGAUGAAGAACAAGUUGCAAGAAGUCGGAGCGACUACAGAGCUUAGAGAUGUAGGUUUUCAAACAAUAGAUGGCAAAGAAGUUAAGUUACCACCGGUACUAAUCGGAUCACUAGGAAAGGAUGCCAAAAAGAAUACUAUUUGUAUUUAUGGCCACUUAGAUGUUCAACCAGCAUUGAAGUCCGAUGGUUGGAAUUCGGAACCAUUUGAGCUUCAAGAGCGUGAUGGGAAGUUAUUUGGCCGAGGUGCCACAGAUGAUAAGGGUCCAGUUCUUGGUUGGCUUCAUGCCAUUAAUGCAUAUAAAGGUGUUGGGGAAGAGCUGCCUGUAAAUUUAAAGUUUGUGUUUGAAUGUAUGGAGGAAUCAGGCUCUGAAGGUCUUGAUGAAUUACUCAUAGAACAACUGAAACCAGAAGGGUUCUUUAAGGAUGUUGAUUAUGUGUGCAUUUCUGAUAACUAUUGGCUGGGCACCACAAAGCCUUGCAUUACCUAUGGACUAAGAGGCAUAAGUUACUACUUUUUAGAAGUAGAAUGUGCUAAGAAUGAUCUUCAUAGUGGUGUGUAUGGAGGAACAGUUCAUGAAGCUAUGUCAGAUUUAAUAUAUCUCAUGGACCAACUGGUAGACAAAGACGGUAAAAUUUUAAUAACGGAUAUUUACAAGUCCGUGGCACCCUUGACCGAGAAUGAGAAACAACUUUAUGCUAGUAUUGAUUUCGACCCCGAGGCAUACAGACGUACAAUAAACGCUUACAAACUAGCACACAACGGCGACAAAGAGCAACUUUUGAUGCACCGGUGGAGAUACCCCAGCCUUUCCUUGCAUGGCAUAGAAGGUGCUGCGUUCCAACCAGGUGCAAAGACCGUGAUUCCGGGAAAGGUCAUCGGGAAAUUUUCCAUACGCAUUGUUCCCAACCAAGAGCCUGAAGAAGUCGAGAAGCUGGUGUUUGACUACAUCCAUAAAAAGUGGGCGGAACGCGGUUCCCCGAACAAAAUGAGCAUAUCAGCGCAGAGUGGACGCGCGUGGACCGAGAACCCCGACCAUCCGCACUACCAGGCUGCUGCACGGGCCACCAAACUCAUUUAUCAGACGGACCCGGACAUGUCGCGCGAGGGCGGCUCGAUCCCGGUGACGAUCACGCUGCAGGAGGCGAGCGGGCGCAACGUGCUGCUGCUGCCCAUGGGCGCCGGCGACGACAUGGCGCACUCGCAGAACGAGAAGCUCAACCUGCGCAACUAUAUCGAGGGCAUCAAGCUGUUUGCGGCUUAUCUCUACGAGGUCGGCAAACUUUCUAAGUAG